CCCGUGCGAGGCUGAGAAUGUACCUGUUGAUGGUCUUCCCUCCCUUCUUCUUGUAUCCAGACUCAGCGUAUGUCAUCUCGGGACCAAAAGAAGUGAGAGGCGGGGAGUGGCACUCAUUGUCUGUGCAAUGUCACUAUGACCCCGGGUGGGAGACCUACAGGAAGUGGUGGUGUCGUGGGCAUGAUUGGAUUAGCUGUGAGAUCCUCGUUAUAACCAAUGGAUCAGAGAUGGUGAAGAAGAACCGUGUGUCCAUCAGGGACCAUCCGAGAAGCCUCAUGUUCACUGUGAUCAUGAAGGAGCUCAGGCGAGAAGAUACAGACACUUACUGGUGUGGGAUUGAGAGAACUGGAUCUGACCCUGGGGUCCCUGUUAAAGUGAUCAUUGAACCAGCAACUACAGUGCCGACCCCCACCCCCACCAUCACCUCCACUGCCAACGCGUUCACAGACACCCCAGAAGACUCCUCAGGCUUCCUGAAUGUGACCAGCCUCCACCCUGAUGACAGCGGUGACUCCCUGACGCUCUGCAUCUCCCUGCCCCUCUUCAUUGUUCUGUUGCUGCUUGUCUUGGUGGUAGUCUCACUGUUGGUGUGGAGAGUGGUGAAGCGACAGAAGGAAGCUGCUGGGAUACCCCCAGAGCAGGUGCUCCAGCCCCCGGAGGACAAUGUCUGCUAUGCCAACCUGCCCUGGAAGCAGACAGGAGCCUCGCUCAGCUCCUUCAGGAAAAGGGCCCCCACAGAGCCCUCCUCCUCUGCCCAGGACGACCAGGGGGAAGUGGAGUACAUCACCAUGGCCCCCUUUCUGGGGACGGAGGUUUUCUAUGAGGCUCUGUCUCUGGACACCUUGGAUCAGGACUCAAUCUACAGCAACACACAGGACCUCAUCACCCCCCUUCCCAGCAGGAGCCAGGAGGAGCUCAUCCAAUUCAGCGCCAUCAGGAAGCCUUAGCUGUGCUAAGGACCCUCUCCCCGACCCCACAUGAGGCCUGUCAGCACGUUCCUGCCUCGUCUGCUUUCUGCUCCCAGUCCUCUCAUCACCCCCAGCCCGGAACUGGGCUCCAAGCCUGUCUCAGGGGGCUUCUGGGAGAUAGAAAGGGGUUUCCCCACAUCCUUUCCUCUCCCUCAUAGUUUGGGAAGAGGCUGGGGCUAUGGUCUGGGCAGCUGAGGGAGGAAUAAUGAUGAUCAUGACAAUAAUAGUAAUGAACCUUCA